GUUUCUGCGCUCCGGAUCGCGCGCAGAGCCGGGGCCGGGCCUGAACGGUGUUCCCGCUGCCCUGCCCCCGCGCGUGACCCUGGGCCCGGCCCCGGCCCCACCGAGCCAUGCUGUGCGGUCCCUGGUGGAGCUGCCGCCGCCCGCCCGAGGAGCCCCCGGUGCCCGCUCGGGCCGCAGCGCCCCUCGAGCUCCCGCCCGCGUCCCCGGAGUGCGGCGCCAGGAGGCCCGGGCUGCGCGCGCUGAAGAAGAUGGGGCUGACGGAAGAUGAGGACGUGCGCGCCAUGCUGCGGGGCUCCCGGCUCCGCAAGAUCCGCUCGCGCACGUGGCACCAGGAGCGGCUGUACCGGCUGCAGGAGGACGGCCUGAGCGUGUGGUUCCAGCGGCGCAUCCCGCGCGCGCCCUCCAAGCACAUCUUUUUCGUGCAGCACAUCGAGGCCGUCCGCGAGGGCCACCAGUCCGAGGGCCUGCGCCGCUUCGGAGCCGCGUUCGCGCCCGCGCGCUGCCUCACCAUCGCCUUCAAGGGCCGCCGCAAGAACCUGGACCUGGCGGCGCCCACGGCCGAGGAGGCGCAGCGCUGGGUGCGGGGCCUGGCCAAGCUGCGCGCGCGCCUCGACGCCAUGAGCCAGCGCGAGCGGCUCGACCACUGGAUACACUGCUAUCUGCACCGCGCAGACUCCAACCAGGACAGUAAGAUGAGCUUCAAGGAGAUCAAGAGCCUGCUCAGGAUGGUCAACGUGGACAUGAACGACAUGUACGCCUACCGCCUCUUCAAGGAGUGCGACCACUCUAACAAUGAGCGGCUGGAGGGGGCGGAGAUCGAGGAGUUCUUGCGGCGGCUGCUGGCGCGUCCCGAGCUGGAGGAGCUCUUCCACAGCUACUCCGGCGAGGACCGCGUGCUGAGCGCCCCGGAGCUGCUGGAGUUCCUGCAGGACCAGGGCGAGGAGGGCGCCACCCUGGCCCACGCCCAGCAGCUCAUUCAGACCUAUGAGCUCAAUGAGACAGCCAAGCAGCACGAGCUGAUGACGCUGGAUGGCUUCAUGAUGUACCUGUUGUCGCCUGAGGGGGCUGCCUUGGACACGGCCCACAUGUGUGUUUUUCAAGACAUGCACCAGCCCCUCACCCACUACUUCAUCUCCUCCUCCCACAACACCUAUCUGACCGACUCCCAGAUUGGGGGCCCCAGCAGCACAGAGGCCUACGUUAGGGCCUUCGCCCAAGGGUGCCGAUGCGUGGAGCUGGACUGCUGGGAGGGGCCCGGCGGGGAACCCGUCAUCUACCACGGCCACACACUCACCUCCAAGAUCCUCUUCCGGGAUGUGGUGCAAGCCGUGCGUGACCACGCCUUCACGCUGUCGCCAUACCCUGUUAUCCUGUCCCUGGAGAACCACUGUGGGCUGGAGCAGCAGGCUGCCAUGGCCCACCACCUCCGCAGCAUCCUGGGGGACAUGCUGGUGACAGAGGCCCUGGACCCCCAGAACCCCGAGGAGCUGCCAUCCCCAGAGCAGCUGAAGGGCCGCGUCCUGGUGAAGGGGAAGAAGCUGCCAGCCGCUCGGGGCGAGGACGGGCGGGUUUUAUCAGACCGGGAGGAAGAGGAGGAGGAGGAGGAGGAGGAGGAAGGGGAGGCAGAGGCGGCAGAGCAGAGGCGUCGGGCCAAGCAGAUCUCCCCGGAGCUGUCGGCCCUGGCCGUGUACUGCUGCGCCACCCGCCUGCGGACCCUGUGCCCCGGCCCCGGCCCCCCUCAGUCGUGCCGGGUCAGCUCCCUCAGCGAACGCAAGGCCAAGAAGCUCAUCAGGGAAGCAGGGAACAGCUUCGUCAGGCACAACGCCCGGCAGCUGACCCGCGUCUACCCGCUGGGCCUGCGGAUGACCUCGGCCAACUACAGCCCCCAGGAGAUGUGGAAUGCGGGCUGUCAGCUGGUGGCCUUGAACUUCCAGACGCCGGGCUACGAGAUGGACCUCAAUACCGGGCGCUUUGUCAUCAACGGGCAAUGCGGCUAUGUCCUGAAACCUGCCUGCCUGCUGCAGCCCGACUCCACCUUUGACCCUGAGUGCCCCGGACCCCCCAGAACCACCCUCACCGUCCAGGUGCUGACUGCCCAGCAGCUGCCCAAGCUGAACGCCGAGAAGCCCAACUCCAUUGUGGACCCACUGGUGCGUGUGGAGAUCCACGGGGUGCCCGCGGACUGUGCUCGCAGGGAGACCAGCUACGUGCUCAACAAUGGCUUCAACCCCCGCUGGGGGCAGACCCUGCAGUUCCAGCUGCGGGCUCCCGAGCUGGCACUGGUCCGCUUCGUGGUGGAGGAUUACGACGCCACGUCCCCCAACGACUUUGUGGGGCAGUUCACCCUGCCACUCAGCAGCCUGAAGCAAGGGUACCGCCACAUCCACCUGCUUUCCAAGGAUGGAGCCUCCCUGUCCCCAGCCACGCUGUUCGUCCACAUCCGCACCCAGGGCUCCUGAGGGCCCCCGUGCCACCCUGGCUCCCUGGCUAUGCUGAGGGCGGGGCGCACGCCAGGUGCUGGUCUCACUUGGCUGCUGACCCACAGCUGCUCUGCUCCCGAGUUCCCCCCUGAAGCACAGGCCAGGCCAGGUCUGUUCCCCGCCGAGCUGCUCAUGGGACCUCCCCACUCCUGGGGCCUGGACAUGGCCCUGAUCUGCUCCUCCUGUUCUCAGCCCACCCCCCACCCCCUGCCUGCUGCUGGCAGAUGUGGGGAGCAGGACCCGGUGAGCCCUCAGCCAUCCCAGCCUCGACCCCUUGCCCCACCGUGGGCAUCGGCCGGCCUCAGUCUGUCUCCCCACGUAGGUAUUCCCCUAGCUGUAGAACCUGAGUCCCCUUCUCUUCCCAGACGAGAAGGGAGCCGAGGCCAGGGAUUUUGGCAGUAGGAUUUUGUGUCUUAGAAGAGCCCUGAAGAAGCCAUAAUGAGGUUAUUUUAAAAAAUAAAGAGGCUUGGCCGGCGCCGUGGCUCAACAGGCUAAUCCUCCGCCUGCGGUGCCGGCACCACAGGUUCUAGUCCCUGUUGGGGCGCCGGAUUUUGUCCCGGUUGCUCCUCUUCCAGGCCAGCUCUCUGCUGUGGCCCGGAAGUGCAGUGGAGGAUGGCCCAAGUGCUUGGGCCCUGCACCCGCAUGGGAGACCAGGAGAAGCACCUGGCUCCUGACUUUGGAUCAGCGCUGUGCACCGGCCGCAGCGGCCAUUGAGGGGUGAACCAACGGAAAAGGAAGACCUUUCUCUCUGUCUCUCUCUCUCACUGUCGACUUUGCCUGUCAAAAAAUAAAAAUAAAAAAGAGGCUGUUUCACCCCUGCUACCCCUCACGCC